AUGCAGCGGCAGGACAAGGAAUGGAUGGUCAGGAUGAGGAGGCUUAUGGUGUGGAUAAGCAUGGGUGUCAGUCAUGGCAAGUACAUGAGUGUGAAGUUGGUGGAUGAAGGGGUCAGAUAUGUAUUGAAUGGUCUAGGGACUUAUCCAUACUUAUCCAUCCACACAUGGUAUUGUCACGACUUGAGGUCAAGCAACAGGGAACAAACAAAGGCUGGGGGCAUUCGACUGAAUCUCACCAAAGCGAUGGGUAGCAGAGGCCAGCUUAUAUGCAUGGGGGAUUUAGGGCAGGCUGUGCACGUUGAUCUGUGCACAGUUGGUCUGUGCGCAGUAUUGCUGACGUGGCCCUGGGGGCCAGCACAAGACUCUAUCAACCCAAGAAUAGCAUCCAAUAUCAUGCUACUGGCACAUGAGGAGGAUGACAAUCAUGCUGCUGCCGGCAAGCACACCUACUGGUUUGUUGAUCGAAAGAUGUUCAUGUGCUCCCUAAGGGGCAGUGUGGGACAUAAUGGCCAAGUACUCCAGUCUGGUGAUGCAACCAGACUGGAUCCCUGGAUCAACAACAACAACAACAAUGGGAAUGAGGACGAGAAUGGUGAUGACAAUAACAACAACAAUGAAGAGAUUGAUGACAAUGAUGACAACUUUGGCUAUCAUUGCAUUAAUCCAGGCUUUGACGGUAGUGUUAGAGAGGCUGAGGAUGAUGAAGACGCACCUGAAGUUAAAGACGGUGCACUUGGGACCAAGGAUGGUGAAGGAAAAGAGUGA